GCAGGAAUUGGAAUUGAGUUGAAAGGGGAUCAUAAGGUUAAUGACACAGAAACUAUACUGUGAGGUAUUUUGAAUAUCAUCUACAUGUGACCAUGAUAACUGUCAUAGUGUUUUGUCUUGGUAAUGUUACCCUUUGAAACCCUAUAAAACAAGAGAUCUCCCCGAGGGCCAGCUGUUUACUAUAAUAAUAACUGAAGGUUGUCUUUAUUUGUUUGUGUCUUUGUCUUAUUAUGUGUUUGUUAUGAUGCAACAGCAAGUUCAAGCAUAGAAAGGGUUAGGCUUCCCAAUUCAAUAAGUCUUCUUCUAGAAUCCACAUUCAGAGGAGACCUCACAGUAGGGGGUCAUUCACAAACAGCCACUAAAUGACAUAAGGACAGACUGUCUGGCUGGGGACUGAAAACACAAUUAUCAUACCUGUGUUAAAGUGGGGUGGUCUGUCUCAGGGCAGAUUUAAAGGUAAUAUUGUUUUAUGCUCAUAACUUAAAUAUCCUCUAAUAGAGAUAGAAACCAUUGCACCCAUUACUUACCUUAUAGCUAGAACUUCUCAAGGAGCCCCAACACUCCCACAUUAUUAUGAUCCCUCCCAGUAUUACAAUAAAAACAGAAACCCUCCCAGUAUUACCUGAUAUUCUGAUAAGGCCAGAAUAAUAUAUGUUAGUCCUGGGGUGUUUGGUCUCUAUGGAAAGAGAAUUCAAUUUUCUACUUGAUAUUGAUAAUUUCAUAAUUUUGUUAUACACCCACAAAUAGUUUAGGCUGGUUGAAAGAUCUAUGUCUCCAGAAUAGCAAGUUGUAAAUUGGUGACCCGCCUUUACCUUUCUCAUUGGAUGGGGGUGUGACCCAUCUCUUCCCAACCUGGAUAUUAAGGGUCCAGAUAACUGGGAGAGAUAUAUACCUUUGGGGAUCGGAGGUUGGGAGGUAUUUAUCAUUAUUAAUUCCGUUCCUCCGGAACAGGACUCAUAGAAGAUCCUUCUGUAGGUGAUAAACUUGGCCUCAUUGGGAGAACAGGAGCAACGCUGGUGUUACUGGAUUUAGACUUAUUCCCUAUGGAACAGAAAAGGCAAAAGAGAAUAAAAGUAACAGGUUGGCCGAAGAGCAAAUGAAUCUGAAGAAUUACAAACAAAGAGAAGCUAAAAUGGACAAUGAUAUGAAGAAGACUUUACCGAUAAAAGCUAAAGAAACUGCAAUUUCCUCAUUAAUCCCUGAAAGCCAUAAAUUGUCUGCACAAAGCAAAAAAAGAAGUUUGAUCUCUAGCGCCCAGAGCCUCAUCAAACCUUUAGUUUGUACAAAGUGUGAGAGACGAUUCUGUAGCAACGAGGAACUUCUCUCCCACAAACGUAUUCACACCGGGAGGCCAUUUGUCUGUGAUGUUUGUGGGAAACGCUUCUCACACCGAAUCAUCCUCCAAUCUCACCGGUGGCUUCAUACUGGGGAGAAACCAUUCACCUGCACUCAGUGUAAUGAAAACUUUCUGUACAACAGAGACCUUCAUCAACAUCAGCAAAUCCACCGCAAGCACAAACCGUACGUCUGUUCUACGUGUGGGAAACAACUGAAGAGCAAAUCAUCUCUGAAUCAACACAUGAAAAUUCACAGCAACCUUAAACCUUUUGCCUGUUCUGAGUGCAGCAAAUGCUUCCGAUUCAAGGCCCAUCUUCAGAUUCACCAAAGAACCCACACUGGGGUGAAACCAUAUACUUGUAAUGAAUGCGGAAAGAGCUUUGCCCAGUCUGGAGUAUUUAAGUCCCACUGUCGAAUUCACACCGGGGAGAAACCAUUUGCUUGUUCUGAAUGUGGAAAACGAUUUCGGUUAAAAAUGACCCUCCAGUCGCACCUGUUGUUCCACACUGGGGAGAAGCCGUUUUCCUGCUCCGAGUGUCAGAAAUCCUUUCGAUUAAAGUUAAGUCUUCAAAUCCACCAAAGUGUUCACACCGGCGAGAAACCGUUCGAGUGCAAAGAGUGCGGGAAAUGUUUCCGGCAAAACUCCCAUUUCAGAACGCAUCUGCUCACCCACACCGGGAUUAAAUCAUUUGAAUGCUCGGAGUGCGGGAGGCAAUUCAGUCGCAAGUACAGACUCAUUCAGCACCAGUUAAUUCACACCGGCGAGAAGCCGUUUGAAUGUGCCACGUGCGGCAGGCGGUUUAGCCGUAAAUUUACCCUCAAUAAACACCAGUUGGUCCACACUGGGGAGACGCCCUAUGUCUGUACUGAGUGUGGAAUGGGCUACAAGGAUAAGAGGGGCCUGGUCGCUCAUCUUCAGACUCACACAGGAGAGGCAGGAAUUCCUUGUACGGAGUGCGGCAAAACCUUCCUAUCAGAGAGACGCCUUGAAAACCACAUGCAGAUACACACUGGGCUCAAGCCCUUUACCUGCACCGAGUGUGGCAAAUCUUUUUCCCAUAAGACCUAUUUUGAGACUCACAAGCUAAUGCAUGCUGGGAUAAAGCCCUUUGAAUGUACCGAGUGUGGAAAACAGUUCCUUCAAAAGCGAGUUUUCAAAAACCACCAGUUGAGUCACACUGGAGAGAAGCCGUUUGUGUGUCCGGAGUGUGGGCAGGGCUACAAGAGCAAGGACGCCCUGCAAAAUCACCUUCUCUCUCACACAGGGGAGAAACAUUUUGCAUGUAAAGAGUGCGGUAAAAGAUUCCUCUUGCAGAAAAACCUAAAUGAACACAAGCUGGUACACAGUACGGAGAAACCGUUUGCAUGCGCCGAAUGCGGGAAACAGUUCAAAGGCAAGGAUGGACUCCGAAAGCAUCAGGUCACUCACACAGGGGAGAAGCCUCGUGUCUGUACUGAGUGUGGCAAAAGCUUUAGGUCUAGACAACAGCUCAGGGUUCAUCUCCGGACUCACACCGGAGAGACGCCGUUUAAAUGUGACGAGUGUGGGAAAGUUUUCAAUACAGGCGGAAACCUCCAGGUCCAUAAAGUGACGCACACUGGGGAGAAGCCAUUUACCUGCGAGAAGUGCGGCAAGAGCUUCACGCAGAAGGCGAAUCUGUACACUCACCGGCGGACUCACACUGGGGAAAACAAGUUUAAGUGCGAGGAGUGUGGGAAAAGCUUCUCCCGUAAAGAUUCCCUCAAGAUUCAUCAGCGGCUUCACACGGGGGAAAAACCAUAUAAAUGCAACGAGUGCGAGGAAAGCUUCUCCCGGAAGGAUCUUCUCCAGAUUCAUGAGCUGACCCAUAAUAGAAGAAAACCAUUCAGCUGUACCGUGUGUCGGAAAAAGUUUUUGUUUAAGAGCGACCUUAAUAGACAUCAGCACAUUCACAACAAGGACAACAAUUUGGAUGAAUGAACCGAUACAGGAAUCCCCUACUAACACAACCUUCACUCCAAAGUGUAAUGAGCCUACAUUGGUCUCCAUGCUACCUGUGUGCUACUGCGAAGGGAUUGCAAUUAACCAAUGAAUAACAUGGGAUCCAUUAUCCAGAAAGUUCCAAAUUACGGAAAAGGCCGUCUCCCAUAGACCCCAUGUUAUCCAAAUAAUCAAAAUUUUUAAAAAUGAUUUUUCUGUGUAAUAAUAAAACAGUCGCUUGAACUUGAUCCCAACUAAGAUAUAAUUAAUCCUUAUUGGAAGCAAAACCAGCCUAUUGGCUUUAUUUUAUGUUUACAUGAUGUUUUUAGUAGACAUGAAGAUCUAAAUUACAGAAAGACUCCUUAUACAGAAACCCCCAGGUCCAGAGCAUUCUGUAUAACAGAUCCCAUACUUGUACUCAAUUGAAGGACAUAGGUUACUGAUGGGGUCUAGGGCAACUGUCUUACCCACCUAUCGUUUAGAAGCCACAUUAAAGCAGAAGCUUAGGAGACCCUUAUGAUGUCUGCGACCAACUCAAACCUUAUUUCUACCUUCCAGAAGAACACAGAUGUAUGAAAUCUAGUAACACAGUCAAACAACCCCAAAUGAUGCAGAAUAACAACUCGAUAAGAAAGAUAUUUGUAAACCGAUAAAACACAUGCAUCUUAUUGCAGCCACUAGAUGUUUCACUAAUGUGAUUGAUGAAAUUCAUAACUUUUAAAGACUGAAAAAACAUUUUUCUCCUUAAUUUUAUUUUUAUAUUUGUCUGGAUGGAUUUAGGAUUGGACUAGUAUGAGGUUUCUGUAGAUAUGAAGAACUAUGUAGGGGUCCAAGGAUGCAUUCCUUUCAGGCCAAUAAGCUUCUGUGCAUUUGUGUCCUCUGCUUGUGACAUCAUCCAGCCCAGUUACAAGCUGGGGAUCCUAUUCGCUGGGAGGUGAGGAACAUGCCUGACACCCAAUGAGUGACCCACCAAGGGGAGGACAUCAGUAGAAGUACUAGUUUGUGGCUCCUGCAUGAAGAGAGGUCUUCUUCUUGUACUUGUUACAUGGAAGCAGCUCCCAGUGCCAAGGAAAGAUUCUUGGAGGAGGAUAUGACCACCUAGAGAGCUCUUGGGAAGGGACAUAUUAAGGAACUGCAAUAAUAUAAACUGCAUUGUAUUCCAAGGACCAAAGUCAGUGUAUUUCAUGUAGACACCCAAGUGUUACCAUUGUGUUUCAUUGUAUAUUUGUUGCAUUUUCCUACCUCUAUAAAAUCUAUCAUUGCUGCAGAUCUGUGAAUUUUAUUUUCUCGUAGGACCCCCUGAGAUAUAUCCCUCUUAUUGCUUAUUAGGUGGUGACACUGUACUGUGCUUUUCUGGACUCCUAGUCUCCAAAUUAUCACAGAAGGGUUUUGGAGGCAAUGUUGUGACGUAUAUUGGGAAACUAGAUGUUUGAGGAAAGUGUAUCUAAAUUUGCAAAUCCACAAAGUGUUUAUUAGAGGUACACUGAACUAGAUCUGAACCCCAGAAAGGUUGCUGCCAUUAGGAUCAUGGUCCUGAGAGUAAAAGAAUGUAUUUACCAAAUCUUCACUGGGGAGUAGAUUUUCUUGUUGAGUUUGUGUUGAAUUCAAUAAAACAGUAUAUAUUUGACUUUA